AUGCCAAAUUGCCACCUCGUCCAACAACAACAACAACAACAACAACAAAAAGACACCAGGGACUCGCCGCAAAAACAAAUCCCCAACAGUGCCGAGUACCGGCCUAGCUGUACCUCCUGCUCCUCCUCCGGUCGUCGCUCCUGCGGCGACUGCUGUGGCGAGUCGUCUUCCGCCUGCUCUUCCGCCUGCUGCCCCUCGGCAGCUCAUGCUCCUCAAGCCGCCGUCCUCUCGCACGUGCACCUCCAGCGUCUCCGUGGCGUGCGCGCGCCUCGGCGGGCGCCUGCGCUUCCUGGGGCGGAAGCUCAGCACGCUCGACGACGACAGGUCGCGCGUCGUCGUCAGGGCAGAGGCCGGCCCGCAGCCCAGGCCCGUGUACAGCAGGUACAGCAGCAGCAGGGCGCCGGCGACGGAGCCCAGCACGAUGCCGACCACGACGCCGGGCGACGGCGAGGAGUCGAGGUCGCCAGAUUCGGAGAUGAAACUGGUUAG